UAUACAGUAACCGCCGGUAGCUCGCUGAGAGAGAGUCCCACUGCAGAAAGAGCAUUCGUGUUUUAAGCUUUCGUUGAAGCUGAGUGCCGUUCGCUGACGACGACGCGCGGAAAUUCGGUCAAAAACAAAUAUAUUUCGUAAAAUAUAUUUUAAAUUAGUUGUAUAUUAAACACAAUUGUUAAGUGUAAAGUAAACAAGUCAAUUCACACUGCUAAACAAAUUAAAAAUAAACAUAACCAGCAAUGACUGACAAUAAACCACAUGCACUACAGCAGCCACAGCAACAAAAGUUCGCAUUGCUACCCAAGAUUAUUAACGGCGGCAUUGCGGGUGUUAUUGGAGUAACAUGUGUAUUUCCAUUGGAUUUGGUCAAGACUCGCCUGCAGAAUCAGCAAAUCGGUCCAAAUGGCGAGCGUAUGUACAGCAGCAUGCUGGAUUGCUUUCGCAAAACGUACAAGGCGGAGGGAUAUUUCGGCAUGUACCGUGGUUCGGCUGUAAACAUUUUGCUGAUUACCCCAGAGAAGGCAAUCAAACUGACCGCCAAUGAUUACUUCAGACACAAACUUACCACAAAAGAUGGAAAGCUGCCAAUGAGCAGUCAAAUGGUAGCUGGCGGUUUGGCUGGUGCCUUCCAAAUUAUUGUAACCACGCCCAUGGAGUUGUUAAAGAUUCAGAUGCAGGAUGCUGGUCGUGUAGCAGCUGCAGCAAAAUUAGCUGGCAAGCAUGUUGAAAAGGUAUCGGCCACACAGCUGACCAUGUCAUUGAUAAGGGAGAAGGGCAUCUUUGGCUUAUACAAAGGACUUGGCGCUACGGGUCUACGUGAUGUUUCAUUUUCAGUCAUUUACUUUCCAUUGUUUGCUACGCUCAACGAAUUGGGUCCACGACGUAGUGAUGGUUCCGGCGAGGCGGUAUUCUGGUGUUCCUUCCUGGCUGGUUUGGCGGCAGGUUCAACAGCUGCUCUUGCGGUCAAUCCCUUAGAUGUGAUCAAAACUCGGUUGCAGGCCAUCAAGAAAGCCGAUGGUGAAAAGGAGUUCAAGGGAAUUACCGAUUGCAUUACGAAAACUCUGAAGCACGAGGGACCCACAGCAUUCUUCAAGGGCGGUCUUUGCCGAAUGAUUGUGAUUGCGCCACUGUUUGGAAUUGCCCAAACUGUCUACUAUUUGGGCGUAGCCGAAGGCUUGCUGGGCGUAGAGAAAAAGUAAAUGGAUCAAAGAAACGAAACCAUACUGAAAUAACUAAUAAGAUGACGUAUUCCGAUGUGGUAGAAAGUGAAAACCAGAAAAGAGUACAGAUAUGAGGAAUACAUCGCCUUGUUAGUAUAAUUACCUUGAGCUACAAGAGCUUCUUAACGAUUACUCUCUGAAUGUUAAAUGUAUAUGUAUGCGUUAAUGCUAUUGUUACUGUUAAAGCUGUCGUAUUUCAAUUUUAUAAGCUAAAAGCA